UCCCAUCCUCCUCCCUCUCCACUCUCACCGCUGACUUGCUCCCCUUCUACUCUUCUGCCAUCGGCCCAACACCGGCAACCUCCCUCCUUCUCUCCUCUUCCUCUCAUCUCCUCUCAAAUUAGAAUGGAGUGUAUAAUAGGAAUUUCAGAAAAAAUUUUAACAGAAAAUACCAAAAAGUAUGACGGUGCAAACAUGUAAGCAAAUAUACAUGGUUUUAAUCAAAAUAAUAAUAAUAAAGAUGGUAAGUAUCAAUUUAGAUGAAAGUUAAGAUGGUUUUCAUGUAAAAAAAAACCCUGAGAAUUUUGUCUUCUGUACAUAUUUUUCCAACAAAAGCCUAAAUAAUUCGUAUAGCUGUAAAAGUAAAGAGAGGUUUAUUAUCUCAUUGGAUACGCUAAAAGAUAAGGAAGCAACCUCCCCUCCAUCCUAACACAUGGCCAGUACAAACUAUGCAACAGCACGUGACUCGCCAACUUAUUACCAGUAACCUUCCUUUCAUUUUCUCAAUAAAGAACCGGAGCCAAACGACAGACGAUAGCUGUACUUUACUAUAUAUUUGAUGGAGGAUGCUAGUAGCAUGAUCUCCCUACAAUGCCUAAGCUCAACCCCCUUUUAAAUGCAAACGCGGCAGACUAAGAGGUAAAUCUUUUCUCACUGCCGUUGGAGGCUGUAUCCAACUUUUUCUUGUGUGUGUAGCCAACUCAUUAUCCAAUAGGAGGAGAACACCUCACUUGUCCCCUCUAUUGGUCCCAUAUUUUGGGUCACUGUAGCAAAGCUCAUUCUCCAGUUCAACUUUCCCCGGGAUGAGCAUAGCUUGGAAACAUCAUGGAACUCCAGCUAUUCUUAAUUACAUACAUUCGAAAUCUAAACAAACGCAAAACACUUGUUUAGCAACCGCGGCUACUUGCUCAGAAGAUUUAUUAACUACACAACAUCGACAGAAUACGCAUCAAAAAGAAGGGGGAGAAGAGGAAGAACACAAGGAAAGAUUACAAAACAAAACAGACUCGCAUAGGUUCCUGAGCAGAAGGUGUCAAAGUUACGGAUUUUGCUAAAUCGAGAUCGCAACGGGUCAGAGCCUCAAGCAACAGAAACAAAAAUACCCCUACGAGAUAGGGUACAAAAACUUGAAUCCAAUAACUAAUUCAAUGUACCACCACCCUUCAUAGCCUGAACUAGAUGUAUUAAUUGAAGAUGGCUUAGGAUCAAGAUCCAAAAGGAAGUUCAAAAAGGUUCAGGAUAUAAACAUGGGUCCAAACAGUAGCAAUUGUUUAGAUUUAGACCCACCUUUUUUACACGACACCCUAGCAUAACAAAGAAAGUAUUCCCUCAUGCAUCCUUGCACGUUUAAGGCUUUUCUUCUGCACAUGGCCUCUGGCCCAUUUCAUUAAUCUUAACCUGUAAGCUUCCAAGCAUAACCCUGCCCUACUUCCCAAGGAAUACCCCAAUGGAUCAAUCUUGCACAAGGCAGGCAAUAAACAACGAAUACAGCAGAUCAUCCAAUGAAUAGGGAAUUGGGUCAAUUGCUGAAGAUUUAUAAGGGUAAGUUUCACAGACUCCCCAAUGCUUUGGGAUGUUCCCCACAGUACCCCCAAUACCCUGUUUUCCCACUUAAACCUCAAAGCUUUUCUCAAUUAACCCCCAACACUCCAAGGUGUCUCAGAUAGCCCCUCAAUAUUUUUUUUAACUUUUCCCACUUAACCCCCCCAAAAUUCCAAAGCUCCAGAGUGCCUUAGAUAACAACUACUUCAGUAAGAGAUGGGGUUUGUCUGCGAUAGUUGGGGGUUAAGUGGGAGAAGUUAAAAGCAUGGGGAGGUUAUGUGAGACACCAAGGAGUUUUGGGGCUUAACUGGGAAAAGCAAAGUAUUUGGGGUAUUGCGGGAAAAAUCGGUAGUGUUGGGGGCUGUUGUGGAAGUUACUCGAUUUAUAAGAGGAAGAGCUAAAAUUCUUAGGAGUAAGUUUCGGAUGAGCAAUGAGGAAGACAGGCAAAUGGUUCAAAAGCUUUCUUACCAGAAAGAAGGAGAAAGAGAGAGAUAAUCAGUCAGGCCCCGCACCGGUGCCAAACACGAAGGAGAAGAAGCGAUGGAGCUUCUGGAGGUCUGUGGCAGGUGGAAAAGAGUUGACUACAGUGGAGCCAAGUGUAAAUGCGCCGGUCGCCACGAAUGGGGUUUCAGAGUCCGAGGUUGAACAGAAAAGGCAUGAUGCGGUGGUCAGGCUGACGGCUGUAGGCAAUGGUGGUAGAACGAGCAGGGAUGUGGAGGAGGAUGCUGCUAUCAAGAUCCAGGCUUAUUUUCGAUCUUAUCUGGCAAGGAAAGCUCUAUGUGCACUGAAAGGACUAGUGAAGCUGCAAGCAUUGAUAAGGGGGCACCUGGUCAGGAGUCAAGCCACCGAAACUCUCCGUAGAAUGCAGGCUUUGGUCAGGGUUCAAACCAGAGUUCGAGCACAGCAGUUACAAAUGGCAGAGGAAGCCCGAACCAUCUCACAGCAGCUGCCAAAUUACAUAAGAUCACCACAGCAUCCUAGAUUCCAGCAAUCAUAUGGGAUGGAGACAAAUGCAGCGGAGAACAUCAGAAUAGUGGAGAUGGAUCUCGCGGAACCAAGAAGUAGCUUCAAGAGCAGGAAUAGCUAUUCCAAUCCCCAAUCCAGAAGAAUAAUAAACCACAGACACUCUGUAUACUAUUAUGAUGAGCGAACACCUUCCAAGUCAGACAUCCAACCACAGUACUCACCGUCAUCAUCAGCCUUAACGGAUAUAAGCCCAAAAGCUCGAAGCGGCCAUUUCGAAGAAUUCUCCUUUGCAACAACUCAAACCAGCCCCCAAUACUUUUCAGCGAUCUCAAUGCCCGAUGCAACCCAGGAUUCCAUUGACUAUCCCUUAUUUCGUAGUUACAUGGCCAACACACAGUCUUCGAGAGCAAAGGCACGGUCUCAGAGUGUCCCAAAGCAAAGACUUGACCCCUUUGAGCGACAAGCAAGCCGAAGGAGACCAUCAGUUGAGGGAAGGAAUAUUCCAAGAGGAGUUACAAUGCAACGAUCUUCUUCUCAAGUGGGUCUGAUACCAAAUGGAUAUAAGUUUCCAUGGCAUCUCAAGCUUGAUAGAUCCAACAUGUCUCUUAAAGAUAGUGAAUGUGGUUCAACCAGCACUGUACUAACCAACACCAACUAUUGCAGAUCUCCAGCAGCAUAUGAGGCAUAUGGGAGUAAGUACUGAGCCACAUGUAAUAACAGCAAAAGUAGAUGAAAAUUAGAGACAAUAAAUAAAGCUUCUGGAUAUUGAUACCUGCAAUUGACUGCAGAAAAAAAUUUCCAGUAUCUAGGAUGUGGUGAUCUCAUCAACAGCCUCAUCCAUUCAAGGUUUCAGGACCUGUGUCAUUUCUGCUUGCACUGUUCAGAUUCUUGUUGAUUGUCUAUAUUUGUAACUCUUUAACUGAGCAACCGUGGAUUGCUUACACCAGCAUACCCUUUUAAUUUCUAGCUUUUGUAACCUCAAAGAAUUAUUGGAUUUGUUUACAUUAGUUCCGCUUGUAAAUGAUUUAACAUAAGGAUGGCAGGCAGUAAAACAUUUAAAAGAUUCA